ACUCGUAGAAUCUGACCUCCAGCUGUGAGUCUGAGCAGCACUUUAGUUGGUUUAAAAUCAGACUUUUCACAUUUACACCGCACGUUAAAGGUUGAAUACUUGGUUGUACUACUACUGUGAGUACUUUAUAUCCUAUUACUGGUUCUUCUACAUGUGUACUUACUGCUGCAGCUCCCCGUGCGGCCUGUUGGCGGCAGCAGCUUCCCGCCUCUGCCACAGUUCGAGCAGCAGAAGAAGAAUCAGACCGGAAACUAAACAGAGCGGCAGAGCAGCGCGCGGCGGAACAACACUUUAGUCAGCAAGGAAACUAAACAACAACAACAAACAGCUGCAGGCUCAUGGACCCUCCACCUGAACCCCUCACCUGGUUACCGCUGGUUACAGCAUGGAGCGCUCUGAUUGGACAGAUACUUCACUGACUGAACCUCGGCCAGAUCUCCAGUCAGGAUGUCAGACUCCUCAGAAGAAGAUGACCCCAGGAAGGCGGAGCCUACCAGCAGGAUGUGGGCGGAGUCACAGCCAGGUCCAUCCAGGUGUCAGCCCAGCAGACAGGGUUACUGUGGAUACUGCAGAGUCCUGUACAGUAACCUGGACCAGCACCUGUCCAGCCUCAAACACCUGGAUUCAGUCCGGUCGUCCUCCAGAGGCUCCAGCACCGUCUCCUCAGCCAGCAGCAGAACCAAACUAACCCUGCUGGAGCGCUUCCUGCAGGACGUCAUGCAGCACCACCCGCACCGCUACAACGACCCCAGGCCGUCCCACGCUGACCUCCCGUCAGUCUCUGCCCCUCCGUUGCCGAGGGCGGAGCUUGAUGAACUCCGUUUCUCUGAUGACGACAGUCGGUCUCGAGGCACCCGGGAACACCUGCCCAGCUCUGAUGAUGCUUCCUGUCAGGGAGCCAAUCAGCAGCCAGAUGACGGCACCUGCAGCCAGUCAGGAGAGAGGGCGGACCAGAAGAGACUGUCGGCACCAAUCACAGAGCAGGAAGAAGGAGGGAAACGCUUACUACAAGCACCACCCCCAUGCUCACAAACUCCACCCCCACAGAGUCAGACUCCACCUCCACAGAGUAAGGCUCCGCCCUCUGUCCACAGGAAGGCCCACAGGAAGACCAACAGGAGGAAAACCAGCGACUCUUCGGCCUCCUCACAGCCUCACAGGGGUCCAGGUCCCGACCAGAACCCGAGGCUCCAGACCUCCUCAGACCUGAGACCACAGACCUCCUCAGACCGGAGACUACAGACCUCCUCAGACCCGAGACCACAGACCUCCUCAGACCGGAGACUACAGACCUCCUCAGACCGGAGACUACAGACCUCCUCAGACCGGAGACUACAGACCUCCUCAGACCGGAGACCACAGACCUCCUCAGACCCGAGACCACAGACCUCCUCAGACCGGAGACUACAGACCUCCUCAGACCCGAGACCACAGACCUCCUCAGACCCGAGACCACAGACCUCCUCAGACCGGAGACUACAGACCUCCUCAGACCCGAGACCACAGACCUCCUCAGACCGGAGACUACAGACCUCCUCAGACCCGAGACCACAGACCUCCUCAGACCGGAGACUACAGACCUCCUCAGACCGGAGACCACAGACCUCCUCAGACCCGAGACCACAGACCCACUUAGACCCGAGGCUCCAGACCCCCUCAGACCCGAGACCACAGACCCACUUAGACCCGAGGCUCCAGACCCCCUCAGACCCGAGGCUCCAGACCCCCUCAGACCCGAGGCUCCAGACCCCCUCAGACCCGAGGCUCCAGACCCCCUCAGACCCGAGGCUCCAGACCCCCUCAGACCCGAGGCACCAGACCCACUUAGACCCGAGGCACCAGACCUCCUCAGACCCGAGGCACCAGACCCCCUCAGACCCGAGACCACAGACCCACUUAGACCCGAGGCACCAGACCUCCUCAGACCCGAGGCCAUGGCUGAGCUGGCAGAAGCAGAGGAGGGAGGCUCAGAAGGAGGAGGCGUUCUCCUCGGACCACAGCGACCUCCUGGACCAGACCAUCGAGGAGGUGAUCCAGGUGUUCUGCCACGGUGUCGGUUCCACUCCCUGCCAGCAGGAGGAGACGGAGAGCUUCCAUCUCAGCCUUCCUGUCUCCAUGGAAACACACAGCGACGACUGGGACUCACCUGUGCAGCAGGUGGCUUUCCAACGAGGUCACACACCUGCUGACACACCUGUCCAGGUGGGUCACACCGGGGGGCAGGAGCUGAGCCGUCUCAUGGAUGUCCAGGUAGACCUGAAGGACCAGGUGUACUCGUACCAGCUGGACUCCGCCCUUCACAGCGACGGCCGACCUUGGGGCGGGCCCAGGCUGGACCAGGGGUUCUGGGGUCUUCCCAUCGAGGAGGUGCUGCCGGCCCCGGAGCGCAUCCCAGAGUCCUUCAGGGGGAAGAGCUGGGCCCAGAUCGAGCAGGAGGACGAGGAGAAGGUGGACAGGCUGGUCCGACAGUUCAGACGAGGACGCUUCCUCUGCUACUUCGACUCUGAGUCGCUGGCCAGGUAUGGCAGGAGGGACAAGAAGAAGGGGCGUGGUCAGUAUAAAGAGACAGAGCAGCACUCAGGUGUGCUGCCGCUGUUGGAGCAGGACAGUGAGUCUGUGUACGUGAGGAGGAGGAGGCGGGGCCGGAGGUGGAGCUGCAGGCUGGCGUCCAGGUGUCAGGUGGUUAAGGUUAGCCACAGCACUCAGACCGUUCGAUUGGUCGUCCCGGCUGUCCAUCAGACUGCAGAGGCCCCGCCCAGCAGCAUCCCUGCAACCAAUCAGGAUGCAGCAGAGAGGACACCUGAGGCACAGACGUGGCGCUGCCUCCCUCCGUCGUACCACAACAUCAUCACACCUGUGCAGCCACGCACCUCCCUGGUCUACCUGCUCUGUUCCCCCUCAGGCCCCACCCCUUCCUGCACACCUGCCCCAGGCUCUGCCCCCAAACGCUGCAGGAAGAAGAGGCGUCCGCUGGACCAGCAGGGCUUAAAGGUGAAAUACAAGCAGCUCCCAGUGCGGUUCUACGAGCCCGGAACCAACCGCAUCCUGAAGAACCCGCCCAAAGGCAUCACCGCGCCGAGGCUCCGCCCCCACUGCCCCCCACCGCCCUGCGUCCGCCAGCUGUUCCGGAGUCUCAGUCCGGACCUGAAUACUGACAGGCCAGCAGGGGAGGGGUCCUCCAGGGUCAAAGGUCACGGCAACGGCAGCGGCUUCCUCCUGGGCACGCUCAGUAGGGACUCAUCUCAGACCGAUAUGGUCAGGAGGCGGGGCAGGACACCUCAAGCCCUGCCCCCGUCCCUCGACAGCAGGUCUGAACGGGGGAGGGGCGGCAGGAGGACACGCCCCCCGACCUCCAAGAGACGAACCAGGGCUCAAGCCAUGCCCCCACAGCCCAGGAGAGAGGGGCUACGCAGGGCAGGGCCCGCCCCCCUUUCCUCCAUCCCCCCCUCAUCCCGCAGGGGGAGGGGCCGGAGGGGGCGCAGGUAGCAGGACACCUGUCCAGGUAACAGCCUCCUUCAUAAACAUGAACGGUCUGCUGGUCAAUAACCCUGAUCGGUCUGAUUGAUCGGUUUAUCAAUGAGGCUGCUGGACUUCAUGUUGGAAACUACAACAUCUGAAGUUUACAUCAGAGCUGUCAGAAAACUGAUUCAUUAUUUUUAUAAAAUCUGAUUUUUAAAACUCAACGGUUCAGGUUCCAUUCGGCAGAAAAGACACAUUUUAAAACCUGAAUAAUAAUUUCAGAUAAAUUUAACCGAAUGUUCAAACUUUUCAGGUCAUUUUCUACAAAGUUUCUGUUAUUUUGAUCAGAGGACCCAGGAUAGAACCCUGUGGAAUCCUAGAUCCACGUAGAAGCAUGACGAUGUUAGAGAGUCCUGACCUCAGACCACAGGAGUCAAACUUAUCUCAGCCCAGUCUGAUCUUCAGUAAAACCAGUAAAACCACAGCAGAAGAACCUGGAAACAACCACAACUCCUCAUGGUUCCUAAUGUUCAUGUUUAUGGAAUUAUCUUUGUACUAAACAUCAUGAACAACCUGAAAUUUAUCAAGAAAAAUAAAUUCAGUUUCAUGAACAUUCAUCCUCAGUUCAUCAUUUCCACAUCACAACUUCCAGAUCACAGCCUGUCGACAAAGGAACACAACAUUUAGUCACCUGGACCUGAACCAUGGAGGGUUUACUGGAGGAUCACAACCACAAAAAAGACAAAAAUAAGACAAAAACGAGGAACAAAACGACAAAAAAAUAGACAAACGACAUGAAACAAAAACAAAUAAUUAGAUGAAAAAGCUUCAAAGCGACAAAAAUAUGAUGGAAGCAAAAACAAAACGGCAAAACAGUAGACAAAAAAUAAGUGAGACGAAAAACCCACAAAAUGACAAAAGUGAGAAACAAAAUGAGACAAAAAAGUUGCAGUGACAUAACUCCACAAAACGACAAACAUGAGAUAAAGUCAGACAAAAAACAACACAAGACAAAAUAUGACACAAAAGAACAAAGAACAAUCUAGUAUUUUACCUUCUGAUCCAAACAACUUGUCAUGAUCUAGAAACUAUUUUAAAUUCAUAGUUUUACUGAUUUACAAUCUGCAGUUAAUGUCUUCUCUGUGAUUUUGACUCUUUGAGGACCGGAUUGGACCCUCUGGAGGACCACUUUUGGACCACGGGCCUCAUGUUUGACCCCCCUGGUCUAAAUGGUCCAGGUUCCUUCUUCCAUGGUCUCCAGUGGUUGUGACCAAGCAGCUGAUGAAGGUUCCUCUGUUUCAUCAGAAACACGUGUAGAGAUCCAGUGAUUGGUUGUGGUCCUCCUGAAUGUCAUGAAGUUGAGGUUCUCCGUUAGAGGAGAUAAAGGUGGACCCUCCUCUAAGGACCUGGAACAGUCUGAACAUCUUCAGCGUUUCAUUCCACAUCAGUCUCAUCAAACAGACGAUAUUUGUUAUCUUCUACAUUUUAUCACUCGUCAUGAAAGUGGAAUGAAAUCACAGGAAUCAGUGUUUUAAAUGUCGACCUGUAGCUGCUGCUGCUGAUGAUGGUGGUGGUGGUGGUGAUGAUGAUGAUUACGAUGAUGAAUGGCAGCUGGACGUUUCUAUGGAAACCCACCUGGUUGUGCAGGUGCCUGUUUUAUAACUUUAUUUAAACGCUCAAUAAACAAUUUUAUAACCUGAA